UAUGCAUAGGAAUGUAAGGUUGCCUUUCGUAUCUUCACCUCCAACCUUUCACUUUUCCUCUGUAUCCUGCAUUGGUGGUAAGAGAUGAUUUUAAUAGUUUUUAUAAAAACAUUGGAAUAUUUUAAUUUCCUAGUUGUGUCUUAUUGAUAGACGGCUACACAAAUCGUUAAUAACAUUGCGCUUUAAGAACAAGGUUACGAUCUUGGUAUUUGAUUGAAGCUGUAUAGGAAAAUAAACAUGAUUUUUCACGGUCGGUGUACGUUUGUCCAAACAAAAUAUGCUAGAGAAGAAAAGGAGAACUACAAGAGGCUGGAAGGGCGAGAGGGGCCGAUAAGAGAAAUCAAGUCAAACGUGCUACGUGGAAUCGUGAAAGUGAAGGUGCACUUCACUCUACCUGAGUUGGGUUAGGUUUCUUUAACUGGGCGUAACCGAGAACGUUAUAAUGGAAUCUCUUCGAACGAAACUGGCCGAGUAUGGCCAAGAACACUUACUCAAAUUCUGGGAUCAGCUGUCAGAUAAAGAAAAAGAUUAUCUUUAUCAGGACAUCUCCAAGUUGGACCUUAUGGAAGUGACAUCAUAUUUUCAAAAGGCAAUGUAUGCUUCAUCUUGCAUGCUUAAAAAUACCUUGGAUGAUAAAGUAUCUCCUAUACCUAAAGAGAGUAUCGCGUCAAUCAAAUCUACCAAUAAGAAGCAGCUCAAAGCAUACGAGAAAUUAGGAUUACAAGAGAUAGCUAAUAGUCGUGUAGGUGUAUUGCUUAUGGCUGGUGGCCAAGGUACUCGAUUAGGAGUAUCUUAUCCUAAAGGCAUGUACAAUGUUGGAUUACCCUCAGGAAAAACUUUGUUUCAACUACAAGCUGAAAGAAUACUUUGUUUACAAAUAUAGCAGAAAAUGAAUGUGGGAAGAGAGGAGAAAUAACCUGGUACAUAUUAACCAGCGAAGCUACUCAUGAUACAACUCUUAAUUUUUUAUGUAAGCAUAAUUAUUUUGGUUUAAAAAGAGGUAAAUGUUAGAGCUUUCAAGCAGGGUAUGUUGCCCGUGUUUUACAUUUGAUGGAAAAAUCAUUUGGACGAAAAUAUAAAGUUUCAAGGCACCGGAUGGAAAUGGAGGUUUAUAUAGAGCUCUGACAGUAGAAGGAAUAUUGGAUGAUAUGGCACGACGUGGAAUCCAUAGUGUGCACGUUCAUUCAGUUGAUAACAUUUUGAUGAAAGUAGCAGAUCCUGUUUUUUUAGGAUACUGUCUAUCUUCGUCUACCGAUUGUGGAGUUAAAGUUAUAGAAAAAUCUUCACCGAAUGAAUCGGUUGGAGUUGUGUGUAA